AUGGACGGACAGAUCAUGGAUCCCAACCACCAUCGUCACCACGAAAAUCACCAUUACACCAGCAACGACCAUGACAAACCCCCACCACUACAAGCACCACCACCACCGGAGCCAGAGCCAGAGUCAUCACCACCCUCGCAAGCGGGCAGCAGCACCCUGCCCCACUACUUCCCGCUCGAGCCCGUGUCCGGCGCUACGCUGCUCGGGCUCGAGGUCGCGCGCCGCGAGGGGCUGGCGCGGAAGGGGCGGCUAAAGAUGGGCUGCGGCGAGGUCGACGAGGCGGCGCUGAUGGGCGGGCUCGAGCGCGGGGGCGUGGUGGGGGUUAGUGCUGAGGAGGGGGAUUUUGGGAUGCUUCUCGGACUACAAACCAUCGCACACUCCCUGGUCUUCCCUGCCCCGCCUACAACAAACUCAAACGAGAACCCAAGCUCAGACUCAAAGACAACGCCGCCGCCUCGGCCUCGAGCAGCCAUCAUCACCAUCCUACCAGCUACGACGAUCUUACCCACGCUGCGCGACGUCAUCAAGGCACAGGUGCAGAUCAAGCUGGGUCCGGCGAGCCCGGGCGUGGUGGAUGCCGAAGUCCGGCGGUGUCUGGAGCUGAUCUCGCUUUCGCGUGUGUUUGAUAUCGAGGGCUUGUGGCAGGUGCUCGGUGAGCUGGAGGACCAGGCCCAGGCCGCCGACACGGCGGCUGUGCCUGAUGAUGGAGGGGAGGAAGAGGAGAUUCCCACUGCUGCCCAACGUCAACUGGAAGACGAUGAGGAAGAAGCAGACGAAGGCGCGGGAAAUGGGGGGCCACCAGACGAGCCGGAAGGAUACGAGCCGCCGGAGUCAUCGCUGAGUUCUCCACCAGAGUCGUCCCCAGAACCUACUGCGGCGGUGCUACCGCCGCUGCGGAUAGGGAUAGGGGCGCGGCCCGGGUCGGAAGUGGUGCUCGACAGCGAAGACGAGGACGAGCUGUCGUUGGUGGCUCCUUCGUCUGCAUCGCCGGCGCCUAUACCGACUCCUGUACCCGAUUCCACAGCAGCACCCGAACCAACAACAAUACCACCACCACCACCGGCACCGCCAUCAGCAUCCCCAAACCCAUCAACACACCCCCAGCCCCAGUCUCAGCCUCCACUUCUGCCAUCAGCGCCCCCAAAAUCCAGAUUCGCAUCCGAUCAACCCCUCCCAGUCCCAGACAUAAUCCUCAUAACGCACUUCUCGUCGCUGCUGACGGCGCUCUUCACCCAGCGCGAAAAGCCGGCCGCGCACACGUCGCUGCAGCUCCUGGCGUCGCACCUGCGGUAUCUGGCCCGGUCCGCGGGCCCGUUGGUUCUGCUACUUAACUCUACGACUUCGCCGCUUUCAUCAUCGUCUUCAUCGUCGACAUGUACAGGAUCAACCGGCACCCACGCGACCCCAGGCUCAGGACCAGGAGGAGGAGGUGGAGGACCAGGUGGAGGACCAGUAACCCCAAACCAUCCACAUCAAAACAACCAGCCCCAGCGGCCCCUUGAACCCACCCUCCGCUCCAUCUUCAACCCAGCACCACUACCAAAUCCCGGCAGCGGGUCAGCGACCACCUACGGCGCCGCGGCCGCAUCGCUCAGCCGCCGCAACAAGCCCGCCUUCGGCGUCACGUUUGCGCAGUUCCUCGACGUGCACCUGCUGUGCACGCGCGUGCCGCGGGCGCGGGGCGAUGCCGAGAGGGUGUUUGCGCCGCCGCCUGCCCUCCGAGGUGGUGGGGUCGGGGUCGGGGUCGGGGUUGGAGCUGGUGGCGGUGUGGGAGUUGGUCAAGGCGCAGGGCAAGGCGAAGGACUGCUGGGGGUGCGGUAUGUGUGGGUUGUCGAGGCGUUGCUGGAUGAGAUGGGGGUAUGGAAGGGUGGUGCUCAGGGGCAGGGGCUGGGGCAGGGGCAGGGCGGCAAAGGGAACAAGGAGGGAAAGAAGACCACUGAUGGCGAAGCGAAGAUACCCAAACGGAGGAUGUUCAGAGAGCAGCGCUGGGGCGCCGUGGACGUGCGGAACGGCGUCCGCGUCGUUGAUGCGUUGGAGGGGUGGCAGGAACAGCAUGAUGCGCGGUAUCAGCAGCAGGGCCCUGUGAGGCUGGCUGCUGGGUUUGGGGUGCGUAGGGUGUGA